AUGGUCAUUAAAUUAGGUUCAUUGAGCGAGCGAGCGAAACAUACUGUAAUCCUGGAGAUAGGGCCGGCCCGGGGCAACAACUUUGAAUUCUAUCCCUCCAACUGUCGCAUUAUAGCCCUCGACUAUAACAGCUAUUUCGAGAAAUAUUUUCGUCAAAACAAAUCCAAAUUUCCAAACAUCUUAUGCGAGGACUUUGUGAACGGAAUGGCAGAAGAUAUGCGACAAAUAGAAGAUAAUUCUGUGGACGUAGUGGUGGCCACAUAUGUCUUGUGUAGUGUUAAGGAUCGCAAUAAAACAUUGAGAGAAAUACGAAGAGUCCUCAAAAAAGGAGGCACGAUAAUGAAAUACCUCGUGCAACCAAUGGGGGUAUGGUCGCGGUUUGUAUAUCACGACAAACAUUACGUUAAUGAUGACGUCGGUAAGACCAUGCGUAAGGACCCACCGACAGUGACAGUGGCCGUCACCUGGUCUCAUAUAGAAAGGGCCGGAUUUCAUACACUUCAUCUCAAUUAUGAAUAUCCUAAUGAAAUGGUCUUUAUAGCCAGAGCCCACAUCUGGGGAACGGCUACUACUCAUGAAACAGACGAAUUUAUGAAUAAGGAUUAA